UCCCGAUUUCUCCUUCUCCUCCUCCUUCCACAGUGCAAUUAUGCUGUCCCUAUGUGGAGCGGCCGAAGGACAAAUGGUGCAGCAGCCUUGGGGGGCCUCGGACUCCUUCCCCUUACACCUUCUUCUUCAUCUUGCAUCCCAUCCUCUCCCUUGGCCUUAAGCUGAGGUAGCUGACCGCUUCCCGACAAUAUCCCAGGGCAAACUGCUGUCCAUCCAUCCAUCCACCCAUCCAUCCUGUGGCUGCCUUCAUCCCUCCCUCUUCUUCCCAUCUGUCUCCAUCCUUCUUUCUUCCUCUCAUUCUCUAUCUCUUUCUCCUUUUCCUCCCUCCCCCCACACCUCCUCCUCCCCCUCCCAUCUCUGCUGCCACCACCAUCAUCCUCCAAAGCUAUGGCUGCAGAAAAGAUCUUGGAGACCCUGGAUCACUAUAAAUCGGAGAUUGAGCGGUUAACCAAAGAGCUGACUGAGACCACCCAUGAAAAGAUACAGGCAGCUGAAUAUGGGCUGGUGGUCUUGGAAGAGAAGCUGACCCUUAAACAGCAGUACGAUGAGCUGGAAACCGAAUAUGAUGUCCUCAAACAGGAGCUGGAGCAGCUGAGAGAGGCAUUUGGACACUCAUUCUCAGUCCACCGUAAAGUAGCUGAAGAUGGUGAGACCAGGGAAGAGACGCUCCUUCAGGAGUCGGCAUCCAAGGAAGCUUAUUACCUUGGGAAGAUUUUGGAAAUGCAGAACGAGCUGAAGCAAAGUAGAACUGUGGUUACCAACGUCCAAGCGGAGAAUGAACGACUGACAGCAAUUUUGCAGGACUUGAAAGAGAACAAUGAAAUGGCAGAGCUGCAGAGAAUUAGGAUGAAAGAUGAAAUCCGAGAGUAUAAAUUUAGGGAGGCGCGGCUUCUUCAGGAUUAUACUGAACUUGAAGAAGAAAACAUUACUUUGCAAAAGCUGGUUUCUACACUGAAGCAGAAUCAGGUUGAAUAUGAAGGCUUGAAACAUGAGAUAAAACGAUUUGAGGAAGAGACGGUGUUGCUUAAUAGUCAGCUAGAAGACGCCAUCCGGUUGAAGGAGAUCGCAGAACAUCAGCUAGAGGAGGCCUUGGAGACGUUAAAGAAUGAAAGGGAGCAGAAGAACAAUCUGAGGAAGGAACUGUCUCAGUAUAUCAAUUUAAAUGAUAGCAUGUAUAAUAAUCACAUUAAUAUCUCAGUAGACGGAUUAAAGUUUGGAGAAGAUGGGAAUGAACCUAAUAAUGAUGACAAGAUGAAUGGACAUAUUCAUGGACCUCACAUGAAACUGAAUGGGGAUUUUCGGACUCCCAGCGUUAGGAAAGGAGAAUCUUUGCACCCGGUCUCUGAUCUCUUCAGUGAGCUGAACAUCUCUGAAAUGCAGAAACUGAAGCAGCAGCUCAUGCAGGUGGAACGUGAGAAAGCUAUUCUGCUGGGUAAUCUUCAGGAAUCUCAAACCCAGCUGGAGCACACCAAAGGGGCCCUCACCGAGCAGCACGAACGGGUCCAUAGGCUCACUGAACACGUCAACGCAAUGAGGGGUCUGCAAAGCCACAAAGAGCUGAAAGAAGUUGACUUUGAGAAAGGCCGAGAUUCUGGGGAAGAAACCCAUGAUUAUGAAGUGGACAUCAAUGGCUUAGAGAUCCUAGAGUGUAAAUACAAGGUAGCUGUUACUGAGGUGAUUGACCUCAAAGCCGAAAUCAAAGCCUUAAAAGAGAAGUACAAUAAAUGUGUUGAAAACUACACCGAGGAAAAGGACAAGUACGAGAGCAAGAUCCAAAUCUAUGACGAGCAGGUCUCCAGCUUGGAAAAGUCAACAAAGGAAAGCCACGAGAAGAUGGUACAGAUGGAAAAGGAACUGCAAAGGAUUACAGGCGUUGCCAACGAGAACCAUAAUACCCUCAAUGCCGCUCAGGAUGAGCUGGUGACUUUCAGCGAAGAGCUGGCUCAACUCUAUCAUCAUGUCUGUCUCUGUAACAAUGAGACUCCGAAUAGGGUUAUGUUGGAUUAUUACAGGCAAAGUCGAGUUACUAGAAGUGGGAGCUUGAAGGGACCUGACGAUCCACGAGGACUCCUAUCUCCACGCCUUGCCAGGAGAGGAACGGCACUCCCGGUAGAAAUCAGGGUGCCAACUGAACAGGGUUCAAAAGAGAGCACAGAAGCCAACAAAGAGCCAAGUCCAACAAAGACCCCCACCAUUUCUCCUGUCAUUACAGCCCCUCCUUCCUCCCCGGUUUCUGACACCAGUGACAUUCGGAAAGAGCCCAUGAAUAUUUACAACCUCAAUGCCAUAAUACGGGACCAAAUCAAGCACUUGCAGAAAGCGGUAGAUCGGUCACUGCAGCUGUCCCGGCAGCGUGCAGCGGCCCGUGAACUGGCACCUAUGAUUGAUAAGGACAAGGAGGCUUUGAUGGAAGAAAUAAUGAAAUUAAAGUCCCUGCUGAGUACGAAACGGGAACAGAUAGCAACCCUCAGGGCAGUGUUGAAAGCCAACAAGCAGACAGCAGAAGUGGCCCUGGCGAACCUGAAGAAUAAAUAUGAGAAUGAGAAAGCCAUGGUAACAGACACGAUGACUAAACUGCGCAACGAAUUAAAAGCUUUGAAAGAAGAUGCAGCAACCUUCUCAUCCUUGAGGGCCAUGUUUGCAACCAGGUGUGAUGAAUAUGUCACCCAGUUGGAUGAGAUGCAGAGGCAAUUGGCAGCUGCAGAGGAUGAGAGAAAGACCUUAGAUUCUUUGCUGCGGAUGGCUAUCCAGCAAAAACUCGCCCUGACUCAACGCUUGGAAGACUUAGAAUUUGAUCACGAGCAGUCCCGGCGGAGCAAAGGCAAAUUUGGGAAAACCAAGAUCGGCAGCCCUAAAGUAAGUGAGGAGGCAUCAGCCACCGUGUCAACCAUAGACACUUUCCUCCUGCAUAGUCAGGGCCCACAACCACCAAACAUACUGGUCAGCAGUGGCACCCAGAGGAAAAGACAAUUCUCACCUUCCCCUUGUGAUCAGAGCCAUUCCAGGACUUCAGGGACCUAUCUACUGCCUUUAUUAAGAACCCCCCCAGAUCACACCUCCACAGAGUCAUUUCUUCUGAGGGGCCCCAUUUCCAUGAAUGAAUCCUUCCAUGGGCACCGUCUCAGCAAGGAAAAAAGGUUAACCGUAGCCAUCCCAGUCGUGGCUCCAGUGGAACGUUUCCAAGUACAGGACAUCUCUCCUGAGGAACACUUGAGAGCCAUUUUGAUGGAUUUGGCAUCUAGGCCCAAAACAUGUUACCAAAAACAAGAUUGUCAGCAGCCUGCUGCCUCACUACCGCCACACGGCUCACAACUAACCAGGAGGCAACGCUGUCAGACUGUCAGUCCUGAUGUAGCUCUUCCAGAAGAACAGCCACAUUCCAGCUCUCAAUAUACCCCUCCUGUCAGCUGUCUACUUAAGCCUCCUCCUUAACAUCGUGCUUCAUAUGCAACCUAAGAGUUUGGGGGGAAAUCUCACCACAUGGACUGAAUUGGAGUUUUUACAGCAAAGGAACAGUUUGUAUCGAGCAUGACUGCCUUGUUGCUGCUGCUGAGUCCAGACACCAUCUACAGUCUUAACAAAGGAAGGCAUGUGGAGACGCUUUAAAGCACAGUGCCCAGACUGCUAAAAAAUUCUUCAAAGUUCCUCUGUGUGCAUCAUCCGAUCAAAACUACACAACGGAAGUCAGACUUGUUCCUUCCAAUUGUUUGGCUAGGACUAUUAAUGUGCCGGGAACCUAGACUCCUACCGAAGCAAAGCAAAGAAAGUAUGCUACCAAUCUUAUUUUGCCCAUUCAGCUCAAGCUACUGACUCCAUAUUUCUUUCUGUGGUUUAAAUGGCAUUUUAUAUAUAUAUUUUUUUCCUGACAUAUUUGCACCAAAAAGUAUGGUUAUUAGAAAUGAUGCGUGGAUGGGUUGUUCCACUUUUUUUUUAAAGUAAUACAGAGAUAAUUUACACUGAGAUUUUUUUUUUGGUUCAGUUAGGAUUUGUUUUAAUUUUUUUUAAAUUUAAAAAUGUAUAUGUAUUUUAUUUGGAGAUAGCUCGCCUUGGGCAAAAUGCAGUUGGUGUUUUGUUUGUUUUAUUGCACAACAUUGUAGAAGAUACAUUGAAAUGAAUGUGUACUGGGGGGGGGAUUGCAGAGGAAGUUGGGUGUGCCAAAAUUGCAUCAAAAUAAAUAGGCACACAGUGAAGCACUUAAAUUGCAUUGAUUUCAAGAGAAUUCUGGCAUGCCUGAUUUUCUUUGAACUGUGUCUUUUGACUGGUACUACAGAACUCUGCUGCACUGGUAUUGUUUACAUAGUUGUUUUAUACAAUACUGUAUUAGCUGCUGGUUCCUUUAUACCUUCAACCUGAUUAAGCCUGAAAAAGGGUUUUAUUGAAUAAUAUAUGCAUAAUUAUUUCCUUGUGCUUAUUUUUCUGUUUCAGGGUAUUCUUUGUUUUAAGGAUCUUUUCCCUUUUUUUUUCUGGGCAAUCUAAUGACUUGGUGCUUUUUUUCAGUUUUACUGUUUGGUAUCCAGACCAAAAAAAAAAUAUUCAAAUGAACUUGAAGUAAACAUACUGCAUUUUAUGAUAAUUGAAAAAAAUGCAGGAUACGUUUCACUUUACUCCCAAAUCCAGUAUUAUCAGACUAGGGCCUUCCUUUGGUAAAACCAAGUGGUGAUGGGAUAUCAGAUGAUUAAAAUUAGUGCAUUUGGUGGGGAAUUAAGCAAAAGAAGAGGGACUGGUAUCUUGGAUUGAAGAACAUAGAUUUAGAUUCUUGUUUUAAGGGAUUGCCUAAACUGUCAGCAGUUUUUAUUCUAGCCCAUUCCAUAACAAAUAACUCAGGUCAGGAUACACAGGUUGUUCCUGCAUUGCUUGGCAUUCUUCGUUUAAUAAUUUUCCCAAUAAAUUUGAGAAAUGCUGAGUAUGAAAGAAAAUGAAGGAUAAUUACAUUAUUUUGCACAACUCUCAGAAGCAAGAGGGCUUACUUGCAAGAUUUCAAGUUAUUAUUUUGGCUUUCCACUGGGUCUCUCAGUUAUACUGUUAACCAAUUUCUCCUGUUAGUGGAAUUCUUAUUCUGAGUCAGCUAGCCUUAAUACAUUACAAUGAAGAAAAGUUGAGUAGAUCCAGGUCCCUUGGUCCCAUCUCUACGGUGGUGAUAUGAACUACAAGACAGAAAUUGUAAUAUAUCUGGGGAAAUUAUCCAUUCUGAAAGAUAUCAGAUCAUGAAAUGACCCUUCUUAGAAUAAAUACCAAAAAGAGGAAAGAAGGAAGGGGAGGGGUGUCCUCAGCCAAGGAAACUAUGAAGUUUAAGUGGUCAUCUUUGUGCCUAAUAGUAAAUAUCAUUGAAAAACAAGGUGCUAAAAACAGGACAAGCCUAAUCAGCAAUUGAUGUCAUGUGGAGCAGUUGACGUUUUGCCAAGACAGUGGUUUAAGUUACCAAUGAAAUCCACAAACUUGAAAACAACCCCCGGGUCCUACUGACAAUUAGUGCGGUAGGAAAUUGAUUAGAUGGAAAUACAUUGAGUUUAAAUGACCUCUAUGUGACAGUCCAAAUCAUAUAUAGCUCUGUUGCUAGAACUGUAGGAGCUAAUGGCUCUCGUUUAAUGUGUUUCCACGUUGCUUAUCUUGUGCUACACUGAACAUUUAAAUGCUUCACUUCAUAUCUAGCAAGGGAAUAUUUCAGCAGCUCCUAAGGUUGCUGUUGCCAACUUUACAUUGGGUUACAUUGACCGCUCGCCAUCAAGCAGAAGUUUCUGGCUGAAUUGUGUAUUCCUCAAGAGUGCCAGGAACUUCAACCAUUCAUCUCACUUUAACAGUCAUUCUAAACUCAAUGGUGGUGUUUUUGAACUGGUGGGAUCUCCAUUCAGGAGCAGAAGUUGCAGCUAAUAUUGAUGAACAAUGAAAAGAGUCCUAUGAAGGUUUUGCUUGUGGAUAAUGCAAAUUAAUUGAUGCAUAUUGUUUUGCAAGAGAGAAGCACAUGAUUUCUUAGCCAGUGAAAUCAAAAGGCCUUAAAAGUGCUUAGAAAUGAUUGGAUCAUACCUUCAUUUUGAUUUGUAUUCUAUUAACAAAUGGUUUCAAAUGACCUAAUGUAUACCUCAGAAUAUCUGUUAGAUCAAACUGUCUGUGUAACUGAGCUAUGGCUAUAUAGGUCUUACAACAUAUGCUAUGCUACAGUGGCAAAUCUCAUUCUUGCCAUUUUUGGUACUAAUUUUGCAAAAAAAAAAUAAUUAAAUAAUUUCAGGCUGCAGUCCUAUGAAUGCUGACUUCGGGAAAAGUUGUGCUGAAAAGUAAAAAAAAACAAUAAUGGAAUUGCUUGGACAUAAAUUUCACUUACAGCUGUAUUGAUUGUGGGCUCAUACCUGAGUAACUGUGCUAAAAUUUCAGGUUCUUUUUUUUAAUAGAGGUUAUAUACUUCAUAGCUGGAAACAACACCUCUAUUAUCUUCAUGAAAUGUCCACAGUAUUCAAAAUACUGAAAUAUACAGUAUAGUCAGCCAUGUCUCCCAAGCCUUUCUUUUUUUAAAUUUUGGUGGAUAAUUUUUAACAUUUGAAUAUCAAAAGCAUGGGUCUAGUCCAGACACGGACAAGCAUGCAUUUUCCCAUUUAAAUCUAAAAACAGAUGAAAAAGACUAUACACAAUAUGAAGAGUGAUGAGGGGAGAGAGUCUGUUAUGUAUUUUGCACAUAUGUGCACACGUUUAAAUUGGCUUAGCUGGACAUGGAAACAUCCAACAUCAAUCUUCACGUGGAAGAUGUGGAUUUUUGUAUAGCUUCACUUUUUUUCCUGUCUGUAGCAGUGGUGAAUUCAUGUAUUAAAAAAAAGAAACAUCCAGAUUUUUACUCCUAUGUCAAGCGAUGAGUUGCUCAAAACUCAAGAUCUAGAAAUUCCUCAAACUAAAUGAGAAAAAUGACAGAAUAUUACAAAGAAAAUAAUGGUAUUCAGAAGGCCUUUUAGUAAAAAAAUAAUCAUAAUUAUUCAUUCUUUGGAAGGAACCUUUUAGCAAUGAAAAAAUCCAAAAGGGAAUAUUUUCUAAACACGAUUAUACUCUACCCAACUUUUUUUUUUUUUGCUUAAUUGAAUUUUACUGGAAUUAAUAACAUAGGACUAAGCCUAACUGCACAACUGGAGAAGAGUUAAUCUUUUAUUGUUAGGGUCUAAUAUCAGUAAAGCCAAUAAAGCCUCAAGUUGUUAUCUAAUCUCUAACAAAGGUACAUAUGAUUCUGAAAUUGGUUCUUUUAUUUCAUGAUUUGUACAGCUAUUCCAUUUUAAAUUAUUUUUCCUUCGUUAUGAAAAAUUUGUUUUAAUAUUCCAAGUGCUGAGAUGCUACAUUAAAAGCACAGUGAUUCCCCUCCUUAUAUCUUGUCUUAAAAAUCGUGUUUCGUUUUUCAGCUUUUUCUCCAGUUUUCUAUCUGUUAAAGCUAAACGAGACAGAGUAUUCAGAAAUUUUCUGGAAUUUUACUUUUUUUUUUUAAUAAUCCUAUGUGUAAAAUUUAAAAAAAGCAAUUAAUUGCAUUGGCCUCAGGGCAGAAUGCAUCUGAAUAUGCAAUAUAAUAAAAAGCUUGCAUGACAUAAUUUCAUGUACCCUUUUCAAUCAUCUAUAAGCUAGAGGAUUUUUAUUUCAUGAAGAUUCCUCUUUCCCUUUGGAAAUGCAAGGCCAGUAUAACUUCGUCAAGAGCCAUAUUACCCAAGACGUCCAUCUAUUUUAAUUUCCCUUGUACAGCUCUUGAAAAUCCUCUCUGUUAAAUUUGAAGGCAACAUGGUGAUAACUGACAACAUAGAAAUGGGGGGGGGGAGAUGUGUAUUACUGUGAUUGUUAUGUUAAUUUGCUAUAAGACUCUGGAUGUAUAGGGGCCUUGUUUUUCAGAUAGCAUCUUUACCUGAAAAUAUAUCUGCUGCUCAUUAUUAUGAGGUGGUGCGAUGGCUCAGCAAUUAGGACACUGGGCUUGUCAACUGGAAAGCCCAGGUUCGAGACCCAAGCAUCGUGCGAUGGGGUGAGCUCCCAUCUUCGCCUAGCUCCUGCCUACCUAGCAGUUCGAAAGCAUGCAAAUGCAAGUAGGUAAAUAGGUACCACUUUGGUGGGGAGGAAAUAAUGCUCUGCGACGACAUGCUAGCUACAUGACCAUAGAAAUGUCUUUGGACAGCACUGGGUCAACAGCCCUUGAAAUGGAGAUGAGCACCAGCCCCUAUAGUCAGUUAUGACUAGCGGAGCAAAGUCCGCAGGGACUCCUUUCCUUUCCACUAUUAUGCACUAAAAAACAGCAGUGGCAAUUUUUAUAUUUUGCAGCAUAAAUAAUUUGUUUUGUUGACACUUUGACUUCAUUGUUAAAACUGUUUUGAAAUUUGUCACAAGUGUUUGAUACAACUGGAAAAUUCUGCUAACCAGCUAUGUGAGUUUGGUGAGGGGGAGAAAUAAAAAUAAUCUAGCUUUUAAAAAUUUAUUCAUGGAUAUGGCUUUGUGUACCAUACCUCUGAAUAAAUACAAGUGCACCUCACUAGUUUUGGAUCUUGCGUUUCAAACCUUUUGGUUUGUUAAAGGAUUAAUUCAUCUGAUCCUUUGUUCAAAAUACUUUAAAUCCUGAUGUUUUGUGACUUUUGUAAUCUCUGAAUGUUUCCCUUUGCAUGAAUGUUUCCUUAACUAAUCAACCACACACAAAAAAAUAUGUCUUGUGUUAUAUUCCAAAUGGUUUUGAAAUGCUGGUGAAGUUUGUGUUAAACAUGAUUGUAUACUUACAUCUGCCUGCUGUAAAGGUUGGCUAUUUCUAAACGGAACUGAAACUGUUAUAAAAUUUUGAGGUUGAAUGAUUAUUUCUAGAUGGUGAAGAAAAUAGAUGUGCUCAAUGAUUUAAAGACUGAAUGUUAGGAAUUCUUGUGUUGCAACCACUGGUUUUAAGGGAAAUAUAUUACUACCGUAAUUCUCAAUUCCAGAACCAUGUGCUUAUGAAACCUCUAAAAUAAUUACCAUGUUAAACCCUCUUCCAUUUUAGUCUUUAUAUCUCUAGACAAUCCUAGAUGAAUUGUUCUGAGAGGCAGUCAUAUGCUUGUACAUGUUUGAUAUAAUUCAGCUUGACCAGUUGGAAAUUAAGACACUCCAGAACAGAAUAAAUUAAAUUAGGAGCUUAUAUAUGAUUCUUACUUACAUCAUUAUGUCCAAUUAAAAUUAUGAUGUAAUGCAUAAUUAUC